CGCUCGACUGUUCGCCGGACGGACGCUCCUGCACAGAGAUGGCUAGAGAGCCGUAGCAGACUGUGGGCCCUGUUCGGUUGGGUGUUUUACCGACAGCCGUAACGUUAGAGAGCCGCUGAGAUACACCGAGGAAGGAAGGAGCGGGGACAACGGGCAAGAGGAACCAUGGGACACGGAGUAGGCUGAACCAGAGGGUCUAGCAGCGCACACCAGUUGUUUCCCACUGUGGUGUAUGACAUGGCCACGGCCUCAUCCAGAGCAGAGUCUAGCCAUAACCACAGAGGAACGUCACAGCUUCAUGCCAUUGUUUCCUGUGCCAAAAUCAAGAGGAAGAAGAGCCUGUUUGGGACUGCCAUUUAUGUGGAGGUGACAGCAGAGGGGGAGUCGCGCCGCACAGUGAAGUCUCACAGCUCCUCCAGUCCUAAAUGGGACGAGAGGCUCACUCUGAAUGUAACUCCGCGCACACAGGUGGAUUUCAAAGUAUGGAGUCACCACACCCUGAAAGCAGACGCUCUGCUGGGCAAAGCCACACUGGACCUAAUGAAAGCGUUGGAGCAGCAUGACAGAAAAUUGGAGAACGUGAAGGAGGUGCUGAAGCUGAACGUGGAGCACAAAGGAGCUGUGGUGCCCACAGGGGAGCUGACUGUCUACCUAGAUGGACUCACCGACCAGGAGGAGCUGUCACAGCUUACCAACGGCAAUCCCGCAAAUGGCACCAAAGUCCAACAGAAUGGUGACGCCAUCCAUGAAAAUGGAGACUCGUCGUCCUCUUCCUCAAGGGCUGCCAACAGCACAGUGAAUGGUACAGACUUGGGUCCGAGGUCAGACUCCUGUUCGGCCUCCAACGGUGUGGAUGGUCAGGUGCCUUCCAGCUCCUGCAGCCCUGCCCUCGCUCAUGUCGUCAACGGAGACACCACACCCAACUCCACCCCAGUCCACCAACCCUCGGACAGUGACACAGAGAGCAGGACAGUCAACGGGGAGUCCUGUGUUGUUGCUCUCGGACCAUCGUCUGUUACACCAGGUGAUUCGCUGUCUCCUGCAGACGACCACGAGGGCUGCAGUCAAGAUGCCGUCCUGCCAGACCCUGUCACAGCACCAAAUAGCACAUCUCAACCCCUGCCACCCUCCACACAGGCUCCAGCCUCAUCUUCUGCUGCUAAGCCUCCUGAUGGCACUGCUGCUGCUUCCUCCACGUUCACCUCCCCAGCUCAGGGGGCCACCACCACCGCCACCGCCACCACCGCCACCUCCUCAUCAUCGUCCUCUUCCUCCCCAGCACAGGGAGACACCAAUGCUUCAGGAGCAGGCGGUAAUAGCAGUAGUAGCAGUGCAACUGUGACUACAGAUGGGGCCAAGCCCAGACAGCAGGCGCCCAAUGCUGGAGCCUCAGAUCCUCUGCCACCGGGAUGGGAGCAGAGGAAAGACCCGCAUGGGAGAACGUACUAUGUAGACCACAACACCAGGACUACUACCUGGGAGAGACCACAGCCACUACCACCGGGGUGGGAGCGCAGAGUGGAUGACCGGGGCAGGAUCUAUUACGUGGACCACAACACUCGCACCACCACGUGGCAGCGUCCCACAAUGGAAUCAGUCCGCAACUUUGAGCAGUGGCAGAGCCAACGCAGCCAGCUGCAAGGAGCUAUGCACCAGUUUAACCAGAGAUACCUCUACUCUGCAUCCAUGAUGUCUGCUGAGAACGAUCCCCUUGGCCCGCUACCUCCUGGUUGGGAGAGACGUGUGGACUCCAAUGACCGAGUGUACUUUGUCAACCACAACACCAAGACAACGCAGUGGGAAGACCCCCGAACCCAAGGGCUACAGAAUGAGGAUCCUCUGCCUGAAGGUUGGGAGAUCCGGUACACAAGGGAAGGGGUUCGCUACUUCGUGGAUCACAACACCCGAACCACCACUUUCAGCGACCCCCGCACUGGAAAAUCCUCCGUCACCAAAGGCCCUCAGAUCGCAUAUGAGCGCAGCUUCAGAUGGAAGCUUGCACAUUUUCGCUACUUGUGCCAGUCCAAUGCUCUCCCUAGCCAUGUGAAGAUCACCGUCUCCAGACAGACGUUGUUUGAAGACUCGUUCCAACAAAUUAUGGCUCUUAAGCCCUACGACUUGAGGAGGAGACUCUACGUCAUCUUCAGAGGCGAGGAGGGUCUGGACUACGGCGGCUUAGCUCGAGAGUGGUUCUUCUUGUUGUCCCAUGAAGUGCUGAACCCGAUGUACUGUCUGUUUGAGUACGCCGGCAAGAGCAACUACUGUCUGCAGAUCAACCCAGCCUCGGCCAUCAACCCGGACCACCUCUCCUACUUCUGCUUCAUAGGCCGCUUUAUCGCAAUGGCACUUUUCCACGGCAAGUUCAUCGACACAGGCUUCUCUCUGCCUUUCUACAAACGCAUGCUGAACAAGAAGCUCAUCCUCAAAGAUCUCGAGUCCAUUGACCCAGAGUUCUACAACUCACUCAUAUGGAUCAGGGACAACAACAUUGAAGAGUGUGGUCUGGAGAUGUACUUCUCUGUGGACAUGGAGAUUCUGGGGAAGAUCACCUCUCAUGACCUCAAACCUGACGGCGCCAAUGUCCUCGUCACCGAGGAGAACAAGGAGGAGUAUAUCAGCCUGAUGGCAGAGUGGAGGUUCUCUCGUGGGGUAGAAGGUCAGACCAAAGCUUUCCUGGAUGGUUUCAACGAGGUGGUUCCACUUCAGUGGCUCCAGUACUUUGAUGAAAAGGAGCUGGAGGUGAUGCUGUGUGGCAUGCAGGAGGUGGAUCUGCAGGACUGGCAGAGGAACACAGUGUAUCGUCACUACACCAGAAACAGCAAACAGAUCAUCUGGUUCUGGCAGCUGGUGAAAGAAGUGGACAACGAAGUGCGACUGCGGCUCAUGCAGUUUGUCACGGGGACCUGCAGGCUUCCUCUGGGCGGCUUCGCCGAGCUCAUGGGAAGUAACGGGCCCCAGAAGUUCUGCAUUGAGAAGGUGGGGAAGGACACGUGGCUUCCACGGAGCCACACAUGUUUUAACCGUCUGGACUUGCCUCCUUACAAAAGCUUCGAACAGCUGAAAGAGAAGCUGCUCUUUGCCAUCGAGGAGACAGAAGGAUUUGGCCAAGAAUAGAGGGAGGGGGUCCUCCUGCGUGCUCUCCCUCCCCCGUCGCUGUCUAAUCAGUCAAGUAAAACAAACUAAAAAAAAAAAAAUUGCACAAGAUAACCACCAAUGUAUAUAAGCUAUUUUCUCAUUUUAAACCAAAUCUUAAUUUGCAGCAUUGUUUUUGCUGCAGUCCUGUUCCCCAGCCCUUAGAUAUUAUACCACAGCCCAUCAUGAAAUAUGCAAGCAUUUCAGCAUUUUUGCUCCUCUGUUUAAAAACAGAAAUCAUGGGUAUUUUUUUAAUUUCCUCCCACUGCUGACUGGCUUUUUAAAACAGACUGAAAGUGCUUUUGAGAGGAUUUUAUAGUAGAAAUCGACUUUUAAAGCUCUAGUUCUAUAGAGCUUUUAAAAGGCAGGGGUAGUCCUGGGGUCUGGUGCCUGAAUUUCUCUUUUUCCCUUUGGACUCAGUAAUUGUUGCUUUUUCUUUUUUUUUUUUUGCGGGCUUGCAUGGCUGCCUCUGAAGAUGAGACCGUCUUCCACCACACACACACACACACACACAGACGUCCCAGCAUGGAUCGCUCUGUCUCUAAAUUAGCAUUUUAUUUUACUUUAUUUUUUUUACUGACCAUCAUCGUCUAAAAGGCAAAGUGUUGAGGAUGGACUGGUCUGAGGCAGAUGAAGCGAGGGAUCAUCCUCUCAUGUAGUUUUGCCCUCAGUGAGAUUGUGGACAUCAGCCCAGAGGAAGACGGACUUCAUCAUCAGAUGGAUGAAGACAGGAAUCGGGACUGGUGUGAAGUUCCAGGACAAAAGCUGCUCUCACAAGGAACAUGGGGAUGGAAGAUAGUCUGAAUGGAAGUGAAAGAGUGAAUGUGUGUGUGUGUGUGUGUGUGUGUGUGUGUGUGUGUGUGUGUGUGUGUGUGUGUGUGGGCUGACGGUGGAGCCUGUGGUUAACAGUGUUUAAGCCUGCGGCUUCAGUUGGCAAAGUGAGCUGCACACGAGGACGACAGAGCCUCGGCUUCCACUUCAACAUGGAGCUGUUUGGAAAAUUAUCACGACAGAAAAAAAAAAAACCCACAAAGACGAGAUUCAGCGGCUCCGUUGUUCAUGUGCUCGUGACUGAUUCUCCUUGGCCUCCUCUGAGUUGUGCUCUCGGACUGUGAAGAAUCUUCCCGUGUGCUCCAGCCCCUCAGUCACAGGUAUCACACCCUCACACACAUCUUCACCACCAACAUCAGAGACAGCAGAUGACAGCUGGACUUCCUGUGAGGUCUCAUUCAGACAUUCUGAUGAAUGUACUCCUUUCACUGCAUCUGUCCGUGUACUGAAAGGAGUGGUCGGCCUCUCAGUCAUUACCACCGGCUAACUCAUCACAGCUGAAGCCCGCGCUGCAUAAAACUCCUGGUAUAAUAGCAAAAAUGUCAUUAUCAUGGCAGUAAAUGUUCUUGAAUGUCCCGUAGACAGCGUUUGUUUCAUUUGGUAAAUGAUCAUUAAGUAGAUUAGAGGUGCUGCACUAAAAAAAAAGAAUCAUAUUUCAGCUUUUGAAUGACUUGAAAUCAGCGUAUAGAGACGUACACCAAUCCUGCAUGCAGGCAGCACAGAGUGAAAACCGGCCGGGGAGGAUUUAUUCUGGAGGAAUAACGUGGGUCAGGAACCUGUACCUGCGCAGCUCCGUCACACACAGUGUGUAUCUGCAGUGUGACCACAGCUCAGCGUCACACAGGUGAAUUAGUUCAGCUCACGUUCUAUAUCAUGUUCAGGUGAUCGCCUUAGUUUCAUAAAGACUUAAACUAAUCACAGAGAAAUAAUUAGAAACCUCCACAGAGCAGUUAGUGUGGAAAACUCCUCAGCAGCUAACACAGCAGCCAGCCUCAUGAUGCACUGCACCCACCCCCGUCCCCCUGUCCCCUUGUCCUCUUGCAGAUUUUCUGUCCUUCGGGGGACAUGCCCCUUGUUUUUUAAAAUGUCACGUCCAACUCUUUUGUUCCCAAACGACGACUCUGGUGCUCAUUGUUUCAGUCACUGGUCUAAACGGGGAAAAAAAAAAGCUUGGGCAGUGGCAGGUCAUCGUCAUUCUCCCUGCUUUCUCACAGCCACUGCAAACAGCAGCAUUUAGGCUUCUUCUAGGAGGAGCCGGUGAUCAGUCGCGUUAUCAGUCAUGUAAAUAACAUGUACUCUGCGAGGAGGGACGACCGUAUGAAGACAAACAUUUACUGUAGCAAAAGGAGCCGACGCGAGAGACGUCAGCACUGCGUAACCUUGUGCUUCCUUUUGAACAGAAACCUGUAAUCAAAGAACAUCACCUGUAUGUGAAUAUUCAUUGUAUAAAGAUAAUGAAAGUAAAUAAAGUACUUAAAUAUUAUAAUGAAAUACACAGAGCCGCCGCUCCAUUGAUGUAAAUCUGUGAUGCCUUUGUUCUUAUCAGAGAUAGAUGGGGCGUUUCAGGUCGCCUUCAUCGUAGCCAGUGAUUGGAUUAAGCCUCACCUGGACAGGUGUGUUCCCUCAGAGUAAAGCUGACGGCUGACAGUGCAGCAGGUAACUUCUAACUGUGCCCACUCCGGUUUAGGCCGCCUGAAACGCAUCCACCCUGUAACAUAUCGCGUGUAGAUACACACUGUAAACACCAACCACACUGUACAGAAUGCCCCUUUACUGGAGACGAUGUGUAUAGAAGAUUCAUUUUUAAUCUUCUUUCACCCAUUUUAAAUGAAGAGAGAUGGAUUUAUGAGAUACAAAUAAAUAA